AUGCCGUUCUACAAGCGGAGUGUGGAGGCGCGGCGGGGGCGGCCGGCACUGCCCCUGGCCGAGCUGCGGGACGUUUGCAGCCUGGCGGCCCUCACCCUGCUCCGGCAGCUCGCCGACCUCUGCGGCCACUCGCUCGCCCUCUUGGGGGACAUCGAGGGUCACCUGCUGGCCUUGGGUCGCCGCGCUGGGCGGCUGCACCGCCGAACCUCCCGCCUGCAGGCGCUGCUAAGGGGCCGGCCUCUGCGGGGGGCUUACCCCCCACCAGCCACCUCUAACCUGGACCUGGAGAGCAAGAAAGCAUCCCACCCCAAGCUGUCAUGGCAGCAGCCAGUGAACGUCUUCCUGGCGGCUGGGCGCCCACCAGGCAUGGAGGAGCUGCACCAAGAGGCCCAGCUCAACCUCCAGAGCUUGCUGCAAGAGGAGUAUGAGGAGCAGUGUGCUGAGAGCAGGGUCACCGGGCAGACCUUCCGUGCUGCUGGUCACCUGUCCCCUAGCACCCCUCCCGAGCCAUCACCCCGACCCCCACCCGCCAAGCGUCUCGAGUUUGUGCCUAUGCCCCCGAGCCAGCGAGUGACCGAAGAGGAGACCACCGGCACAACAGCGCUCAGUGCUCAGCCACCCGACACCUCUCUGAGCCUCCCCACUAGCCCAGACAAGCAGCCAGCCUGGCCCCGGGCCCUUCCCUUGCCCACAGUGGAGGAGAAGCAGUGGCACCAGUCCUGUUCCGUCCAGACCAACAUCGUCCCCAUCAAUGUCUCGGGGCAGCACUUUGCUAGGCACGCGAGUGCUCGUCACUCCCUGUUUAACACAGAGACUGCGAUCAACCCCAAGUCCACCCUGCGGCGCAGACGGACCGUAAUCGGAUUCCCUAACCUGUCCCUGCGAGACCAAGGUGGUACCAAUGGCCUCACAUUGAACACGCACACGCCCGUCACCGAGUCCCUCUCCUGCAGCUUCGUGCCUGAGACCACCGGCGGAGGGAAGGGGCUCCAGGAGACCAGCCCCCGCCAGCCCCUCUCUGCCCCCCUGAGGAAGACCUUCAGUGACCUCGGGGCCCGCUGCUGCCAGCCACCCACUGCCAUGGACCACGCGGCCACCCCCUGCGCCGGCACCUGCAACGGGCCACCAGGCACCCCCUUCCCCCAGCCCUGGAGCUCCCUGGGCUACACGACUCCCCCCAGCCCUGCCAGCGGCCAGGGCAAGGGCUGCACCUCUCCAGGUGGCUCCAGCCCAUCACCCAGCCCGGCCUCACCCACCACCCCCUCCUUCUUCAUUUCCACCGAGGAGCGUGUGAGCAGCAAUGGGCCCGGUUCCUUCUCCGGCACGGUGCCCGAAUCCCCCCCCGGGGGUGGCCACAGGGGCAAGUGCCCAGAAGCCAAGGUGAACUUCUCACCAGGAAGCCCAGAGGAGCCGGAGCCGGGGCGGCUGGACGUGGAGCGGGCUGGGUGCCGGUUCCGCGAGCGGUCGCUGUCAGUGCCCACCGACUCAGGCUCCCUCUGCUCUGUGGACAUCACCUAUGCUGAGACCCGGCGGGGCAGCACCAACUACGCCCUGGGCUACCCCAGUGCCAGCUCUGAGGGCAGCACCAGCACCGACAACGUGUCCCUGGGGCUGGAGCAGGAGGGGCAGCAGCGGCGGCGCCGCUCCAAGAGCAUCUCUCUCAAGAAGGCAAAGAAGAAGCCCUCGCCACCCACUCGCAGCGUCUCGCUGAUCAAAGAGGGGCAGGAUGGUGCCACGGAGCCUGGCUUGGCACUGCCCAAGGACCAGCGGCCCAAGAGCCUGUGCAUUCCCCCGGAGCCCUGUGGCCACCGGCUGGUGCAUUCUGACCCCCAGGGCAGGGAGCCAGAGGGCAUGGCCACCCCCCACCAGUGGCACCUGACGGACUGGAAGGCUGGUGACCCCUACCAGUCCCUCUCCAGCUCAAGCACGACCACGGGGACCACCGCCAUUGAGUGCGCUAGGGCACGGGGCAGCUCCGAGUCCCUGGUGUCCCCCUCCAUCUCCAGGGCCACGACGCCCUCUCAGCUUUCUACCGAAGUGGACCUCAAGACCUCUUCGCCCAGCAGGCCCACAGGGCUGAUGUCCCCAUCCAGCGGGUACUCCAGCCAGUCAGAGACACCAACCCCCACCGUUCCCACCUCUGCCAUCCUCGGGCACUCCCCACACCAGGUGCGGGUGAGGCCAUUGGUCCCGCAAAGGAAGUCCUCGCUGCCCCCCACAUCCCCCAUGGAGAGGAGCCCCAAGUCCAGGCUGUCCUUUGACCUGCCACUGAUGCCACCUGCCCACCUCGACCUCUCAGGGCUGAAGAUCUCCCUGAAGGGUAAGACAAAGGUCAGCCGGCACCACUCUGACUCCACCUUCGGCACCAAGCUGGCCCAGAAGACCAGCCCCAUCACACCCAUCAUGCCCGUGGUGACCCAGUCCGACCUGCGUUCCAUCCGCCUCCGCUCCAUCAGUCGCUCAGAGACGGAGGACAAUGCCGAUGGCCCUGAGCACGCUGAGGAGCCAGCACGUGGGCCCUGCCUGGGGAUGGAGAGGAAGGUGAAGCCACCCGUGGCAGAGAAGCCACCGCUGGCCAAGCGUCCCCCGUGCAUCCUGCCCAAGCCCCCAGUGCUGCGAGAGGAGGGUCCCCUGUCCCCUGUGUCCCCACCGGGUGCCACCACCAUGGAGAAGGGGCUGCUGCAGGAUGGAUUUGUGGUGCUGAGAAAAGGGGAGCUGAGGAGGGGUCUGGGGGAGCCCCCGGUGGGACCCCGUCGGCUCUCACAGGGCAGUCUGGAGGAGGAUCCGCGGCCAGAGCGCAGCAGGGCUGGGCAGGGGGAGCGCAGGAAGGCCAAGGUGCCACCCCCAGUGCCCAAAAAACCCAGCGUGCUCUACCUGCCACUCGCCCCAGCCCCAGCCCAGCUGGGAGCUGGCGGGGGGGACCAGCCACCCACCCCCAGCCCCAUCAUCACUCUGGACACUGAGCCCACCUCCUGCCACCCCGACACCCAGGACCUGCCAUCCCCCGAGGCUCUGGGCACAGCACAAGCUGGUGAACCCACCCCGAAGCAAGGCAGCUCAGCAGAGCCUGGCACAGAGGAGAAGAGCUUUGCCAGUGACAAGACCGCCGACUCCAUCGCCGAGGAGGAUGAUGAGGUGUUUGUGGCAUCCCGCACCACCGAGGAUCUCUUCACUGUCAUCCACAGGUCCAAGAGGAGGGUCUUGGGGCGGAAAGAGCCUGGUGACACCUUUGGCAACCGGCCCAACUCCCACUCGCCUGUAAAGACUUCAGGCUCCCCGACUGGCGAGUCCCCGGCAGCGGUGGGCAGCACCGGGAAGUCCUCCAGCAGGAACGAGGACUUUAAAGCCCUGCUUCAAAAGAAGAGCAGCAAAACCAGCCCUGGUACUCGUCCAUCUGCUGCUGAACUGCUCAAGACCACAAACCCGCUGGCUCGGAGGGUCAUCACGGAGUUUGCUCCUGAGCUAGAUGGUGCCAACAGCCCCAAAAGCCAGCCCUAACCUUGCAUGGUCCCUUCUGACCGUGAAGGGCUGGAGAUGGCUGCAGAGGGAGCGUCGCUGCAGAAGGGCUGUCCUGGCUGAGUCCCUGUGUCCUGUUGGAGGUUUUCUUCUGCUUUUGUUUCUUCCUUGGAGAGCUGUUGAUGGAGAGGCAGCCUUUGGAUCCCAAGCACUCAUGUUUCUGGCAGAGCUGGGCCCCUUCCAGGAGCAAAGAGGUGGCACCAUGGCCGGGACCGUCCCUGGCUGAGCCAGCUCCUGGAACCAAAGGUAUCUGCUCAGGAAGCAGAUCUGGACCACAGCCCCCAGCGUUGCUCAGCGCCCACAGUGAAGCUCGCUUGAAACUGUUUGGUCACUUCGGCAUGUGGUACUUUAAAUGGCUUUUCUAAUGCACAGUGGUUAUGAUGUUUUAUUCUCUUUCAUUUGACACAUUGUACCUUGAGUUUCCCAGGCAGAGAUCCCAGGUUUGAGUUUGGAUGGAUGGAUGGAUGGAGAUGUCCUUUGGGAAGAUGUGAGGGGACCAGCUGGGAUUGAGGUUGCUUUGGAAGAGCCACAAGUGGUUCCUCUUCAGUGUCCUGAGCAUCCCUGCUGCUGCACAGGGAACAGGCACCCCAGUGUCUGCAGCCAGUGCUAUGACCUCAAGCCAAAACCCAGCCCCUCAAAAGCCCCCAAAAUGCUGCAUUUCUGAGCUCCUCAGCUCUUGGUCCAAAAGCAAACCCCCAGGGUCACCUCCACCAGCCCCAGGGAGCUCCGCUGUGCUAAUGCCUCUGGAGCCAGCAGCUCCUGCACCAGACUGACAAUUCUGGGCAAGGUGGAGGGUAGCUCUAAGUGAAAGAGAAAGGGCCAGGCUGUGGCUGGCAGAAAUAGGGUGUUCAGGAAAAA